AUGGAGAAUGACACAGUACAAGCUUUCGCUAAACUUGAAGGAGAUAAUUUUUGCUAUUAUAUAAAGACACUUCAAGUAAUACUUGGACGUAAAGCAGGUGGUUCGGAUCAAGUUGAUAUACACCUUGGUUCUACUAAAGCAAUAUCAAGACAACACGCGCGACUUUAUUAUAAUUUUCAAGAACAACGUUUUGAAUUGGAAAUCUUUGGAAAGAAUGGCGCUUAUAUUAAUGAACAAUUCUGUGAAAGAGGUUUUAAAGUACCACUAGAAAAUAGAACGAAGAUUCAAAUUGGCGAGGUGGUAUUCUCAUUUUUGCUCCCAAGGACGGAUAAUGAAGAUGGUAUGUCCACUGCUACUGAACAUGACACGUAUCAUAUGACUAGUAAUACGACUUAUCAAGAAGCAGCAACCAAAGACUCUCUAGUAGAAUAUGGCCAAAGUUAUUCAAAUGGAUAUACCACCACCGCCGGUCAAGAAUACUCUCAUGGUUAUGCUAAUAUUAAUAUUAAGGUUAAUUUAUUAGACAGUGGUAUCGGUUCAUCAAAUUCUAGUCAAAGAAGUGGUUCUUCUUCGUCUUCCACUCAAGGAGAUACUAGUGAGCAACAAAGUCCCGUUGUAGGUGAAAAGAUUGAUAUAUCAAAAUAUCAAUCCAGACAAAUUAAACCUCCUUUUUCAUAUGCAUCUUUAAUUGCUCAAGCAAUACAAUCAGCUCCUUCUAAAAGAAUGACACUUAAUGCCAUAUAUAAUUGGAUAACAACACAAUAUCCUUAUUAUAAAAUUGCUCAAAAUGGAUGGCAGAAUUCCAUUCGUCAUAAUUUAUCAUUAAACUCGGCUUUUGUUAAAGUUCCACGUAAUGAUCAUGAACCUGGUAAGGGGGCAUGGUGGACCAUUGAUCCGGAAUGUGAAUCUCAAUUUACCGACGGUGUAUAUAAAAAGAAUCGGAGACCAAUUUCAAAAGAAAAAAGAUCUUCCGUUCCACCUUAUCCUUCAGAAAAAAAUAAAUUAAAUAUUCAAGUCCCUAUAAAUAUCAGCAAUAAUAUACAACCUAACAAUGACAACUAUGGUGUCGAGAAUAUUAUCGAUCCAGCAACCAAUAUCGGAAGUGAACAAGAUGUUACUAACGACUAUUCUCCCUCCUAUAGUCCUUCUUCGCAGUUAAUAUCAUCAUCACAAGAAAUCAAUUCUCAUUUAAAAAGAAAUAUAGCGCCAGCACCACCACUACUGGUUCCUAUUGCACCUAUUGUGUCGCGUCAAUCCAACAGUAAACAUCAUCAAUUCACAUCACCCACGUGUUGGAAUUUACAUAAUCUUCCACCAAUCGCUCCUAAAACGUCUUUGGAUUAG